CUCACUCUAUAUAUCCAAUUCAACAUCCCUUUCUAUUUCAAUUCUCACAUGCAUCCUCCUUUUCUACCUUAACAAUGGUUCAACCAAGUGAUGUAACUCCCUUAUCAUCCACCCCACUUUCUUCCUCCGAUGACAACACCUUUGAUGAUGCUAUUGAUUCUUCCUCUCAUCCAAAAUCAUCCUCUUCCUCAUCAUCAAAGAGGGCACGUGGUAGGCCUGUGGGCUCCAAGAACAAACCAAAGUUAACCCUUCUGAUGAACCAAGACAAUGAGCAUGUCAAAAAACCUAUUUUCAUUCAAAUCCCUAAAAAUUCUGAUGUGAUUGAGACACUGAUCCAAUUUUCCUGUGAUUACCAAAUUAGCAUCACAAUUCAAAGUGCAUCAGGAUCUAUUCUGAAAGUCUCUCUCCGUGACAAUGAAUCCAUAACUUCUACUUUCAUUGUUUAUGGACCCUUCACAUUAGUUUCCCUCAUUGGCACUUGCAUAAACAACAACUCUUAUACUGUUUCAUCAUUGUCUAAUCUUGACACUGCUUCUUUCUUUAACAUUUCUUUCUGUUCAAAUAUAGGUCAAAGCUUUAUUGGGGUUGUUGGAGGAAAGGUUAUUGCAGGUGAUGAUGUUGUUGUGGCUGCUACUGUUUUCAACAACGAUGAAAAUAACCAAAGCGAAAACCAAUGAUGAUCAUGGAAAAAAGAUAAGAAAGGUUAUUAUUCAUGUCAUCUAGAUGACAAUUAAAUAAUGUUAAA